UCAGUAAUAAAGUAAGGUUAUGGUUUUGUUAUGUAGUAUAUUUUAAAGGGUUUUUUGUCAAUCGAAUUCAAAUAAUGUCUUUUUUUCGAUUCUUUUGGCUAAGGAAUUUAAUUAGGAAAAAUACAAACCCUAUUCCCGUAGACAAAGCAGCGUUAUGGAAAAACAGGUUGGCUAUAGCCUAUGCUUUAAUUGCAUGGAAUGCAUUUGGUUUUGUCCUUUACCAAAUAUGUUCCGGUAAAGGCGAUUGGGCAACAUACCAUGGAUUAUCGGAAGAGAAAAAGGCAUCGGCAGGUCACGAAUGGGCUAAAUUGUUAAAAAUUGACAACGCCAAAGUAUACAGGGUAGAGGGAUUUUCCGUUAAAGAAGUUAUAGACGAAAAGGAAAGCGAUUCACAGCUUUAAAAUUAUUUAAAUGCCAUCACAAAUCAGGAUUCGUAUAAGUAGAGGUGAUCCCAUCACAGUCCUAUCUGUUUUUACGAUUGACACCGAACUUCUCCAUUUCCAUCAUUAACGCCGAUCUGUAAAAAAUUGUUAACAUAUUGUUAGUCUCCUCGUAGUUAUUCAAACUCUCGUUCGAUACAAUGUUCUGUAAAUAAAACAUGGAUUGUAAAUAAAUUAUUUAAAACUAAUUA